AUGAAUCUUAGGUUCACAGUUUUGAUAUUCCUCUGCACCUUGGCAGCUUUAAUUUAUGUAACAGAUGCUCAAGCUCUCAAUGAUCCUAUCACGCAGUACAUCGAAGGACGGUUAGGAAACAGACGAAUCUUCUGGUGUCCAAGUGGUUAUGGAUAUCUGGCGUAUUGCCCUCAACCAACUGACUGGGAUAACUAUAACUGGUGCUGUACAUGGCCGUAUAUGGGAAGUUGGAAACCUUCCUGCUGCCCAUUCGCUAUUCCUACAGGAGCAGUUAUAGCAAUUAUCAUAGCUUCAAUAGUCCUUGUAGCAGUGCUGAUUGCUCUAUCAUGUUGGUGCUGUUACUGCUGUCCUCUGUAUAAGCAGCUGUAUGAAUAUGAAAAUGAAUGA